AUUAUAUUUUCUACCACGCACGUGAUAUCUAACUUCGUUACUACUAUUUGGAGUUAAAAUCUCAUCCCCAUCCAUAUCAUGAAGAAGGAGAUCAACCUAAAUCAUCGCUUAUUAUAUCAAUAAGUUUAUUGGCUGUCGUAUUCAUUGUUGUGAUUUUUUCUUCCAAAUGCUUGAUUGGUUCAAUUGAUGGAGUAGUACAAUCUUUAGGAUUAAGUAGAACUUUUGUCGGUUUUGUUUUAUUGCCUAUAGUUGGUAAUGCUGCUGAGAUUAUGACUGUUGCUACUACUACAAUAAAUAAUAGAACGGGUCUUUCAAUCAAUAUCAAUGAUGAUGGAAAUUCAGUGCAAAUAAUACUUUUUGUUACAGCCACACCAUUCUUUGCUGUACUUGGAUGGAUAAUAAUAAAUGAAAUGACAUUACACUUCCAAUCAUUAGAAGCUGCUGUAUUUGUUAUUGCAUUUUUAAUGGCAAAUUAUCUUAUUCAGAAAUAUAAUUUGCAAAAAUUUAAAGAAAAAUUUUGGUCUUCCAUUUAAUUAGUUAAUAAUUAUAAUAUUUAAUAUGUUCUGAAU